GCCCAAUCCGAGCGUACCUUCUCGAACCUGCGAUCCAAUAUCGCUUCAAGCCCCCCAGAGCUGAAGAAGACAGUCAGCAGAACAGCAGAUAUGACAGCUAAAGUGAGCGUCAAGUGGGGCAAGCAAGUGUUCCAGGAUGUGGUGGUGGACAAGACGGCCCCCGUGGCUGUGUUCAAGGCGCAGCUGUAUGCGCUGACGUCCGUUCCCGUUGAGCGCCAGAAGCUCAUGUCCAAGGCAUGGAAGGGAAUGCUAAAGGACGACGUGGACCUCUCAACACUCGACAAACUUGUGGACGGCACUGGCAUCAUGCUGAUGGGCUCGGCCGAGGUGGUGCAGAAGCCCAAGGAGCCCAUCGUCUUCAUUGAGGACAUGACUACGAAGGAUAUUGCCGCAACAGGUACUGUGUACCCCGCCGGUCUCGUGAAUUUGGGCAACACAUGCUACAUGAAUGCCACGCUGCAGUGUCUGCGCCCCGUCAAGGAGUUGCGAGAGGCGCUCAAGGCCCAACCCGGCGGUGUCUCGGCCGAUCUGGCCAAUAAUUUCACUACUGCACUCAAGGACAUGUAUGGUCAGCUGGAUGGCAGCGUGGACAGCAUCACUCCGUCCAUGUUUGUGUCGGUAUUGCGUCGCGCAUACCCUCAAUUCGCACAGCAGGCGCCCCGUAGUGGUGGAUACAUGCAGCAGGAUAGUGAGGAGUUCCUGUCUACGCUGUUCUCGACGCUACAGCAGACGCUGACGCAACCUGCGGGGGGACUCAAGUCUCUGGGAGCCACGAACAACGUGGUGGAUGCUCUGUUCGGAAUGGAAAUGGAUGAGAAACUCGAGUGCACUGAGACCGACAUGGAGCCAGCUGUGGUGAAGAAGGAGAAGGCUCUUAAACUCGUGUGCAACAUCACGAUUGAGACCAACCACCUGUCUGAAGGCAUCAAGAUUGGACUGGAAGGCACGAUUGAGAAGCACUCGGAGGUGAAGGGCGGCAAUGCGGUGUGGAAGAAGACUAUGCGGAUAAAUCGUCUGCCCAAGUAUCUGUGUGUGCAGUUUAUGCGCUUCUACUGGAAGGCGACGCCAGACAGCCGUGAUCACGCGGGCGUAAAGUGCAAAAUGCUGCGGCCUAUCAGCUUUCCUCUGACCCUGGAUGUCUACGACUUUUGCUCGGACGAGUUGAAGGCAACCAUGAAGAUCGCUCGUGACAGAAAUGCUGAGAAGAUUCUCAACGAGUUCAAGGACAAGCCUGCUGGUGAAAAGAAGGAGGACGAGGCAGAAGAGAAGAAGGCAGCGGAUGAAGAUGAUGCUAUGGACGGUUUGUCGGAAGAGGACAAGGCUGCCCUCGAGACUGCACGCGCACUUUCCAUGGGAGCCAAGUCUCCUGGCAUCGAUCUCCCCAUCGAUUUCCAAGGAAAUUACGAGCUGUUCGCGAUUCUGACGCACAAGGGCCGGUCAGCUGACUCUGGUCACUACAUGGCUUGGGUGCGCCACGAAGGAGACGACUGGUACUGUUACGAUGACGACGAUGUGUCGCCGUGCAAGACGGAGGACAUCAUGAAGCUCAAGGGCGGAGGUGACUGGCACAUGGCGUACCUUGCUUUCUACCGUGCCAAGAACUAGGAUAUGAGCGCGCCAGCAUGAUAACGCACGACACCAAGUCAACUUGCGUUGCAGAGUAGAGAUGAGAUACUUUACCGUCUUCACGAACAAGUGAAUGAAACACCUUUUCUUAACUGCCUAUGCAACUCCAACACUUUAGAUACUCGAUGAACGCUUGAUAAUAAUGCAAUCUCUUUUUACAUUUCGAGUGCACAGCGAAAAUGAAAAAUAACAAAAUGAAGGGAAGCCCAAGAAGCCCGCGCACUUUGAUCCGUG